GUCAUUGCUCAGAGACAGAACUCUUUGUAGUUGUGGUCAGGUGGCUGUUGGAUGAGUGCUGUCCCUCAGCGAGUCUACACUCGGUUAUUCUGCACCAUGGCUCAGAGCGUCAAGUCGUUCUACGACCUCAGCGCCGUCACCCUGGCCGGGGAAAAGCUGGACUUCAAUGUCUUCAGGGGCAGGGUGGUCCUGAUCGAGAACGUGGCCUCUCUCUGAGGCACGACCACAAGGGAUUUCACCCAGCUCAACGAGCUCCAGAGUCGCCACCCGAACCGCUUCGUUGUGCUGGCUUUCCCUUGUAACCAAUUCGGGCACCAGGAAAACUGUCAUAAUGAAGAGAUCCUCAAUUCUCUGAAGUAUGUCCGUCCUGGUGGUGGUUUUGAGCCCAAUUUCACCAUGUUCCAGAAGGUUGAUGUCAACGGUGCUGGCACACACCCUGUCUUUGCAUUUCUGAAGGAGAAGUUGCCCAUUCCUUCAGAUGAUGCUACAUCCUUUAUAAAUGAUCCCAAAUUCAUCAUGUGGAGUCCAGUCAGCCGAUCAGAUAUCGCUUGGAAUUUUGAAAAGUUUCUCAUUGGCCCUGAAGGAGAGCCUUUCAAACGCUACAGCAAAACAUUCCAAACCAUCCAGAUUGAACCCGACAUCAAUAGGCUUUUGAAAGUUAUCAAAUAAAGAAUCCAAAUUUAGUGGAAUAAGCAAUGAGGCAGUUAUAUUUCUUUACCUUCACUAAUGGGAAAACUGCAAUAACCUUUUUAGUUGACUUUUUUAUCAAUUCGGACUCUAAAUUAAGUACAGAACUUGUUUGCAAUGCACAAAAAUUGGAGGUUGAGAUAUUUUGUCCAAUCGUUUGAGCUCCUAGCAUAGCUUCCUGUCUUAUCUGCCUUCAAGAGCAGUGCAUGACUGAUUUAGUUUGUCUUCUACUAAUUUUCAUCUUAGAUCACUACUUGAGCUGCUUCAUUCUUUUCAAAAAAAAUCUUUAAAUGCUGUUUGUUGCAACAAAAGCCUUUGUGUUCUCUCAUCACAUUAGCGAGUACAUUUUUUUUCAAAUCUUGAAAGAAAGGAUAAAUGUCAUGAUGAUUUUACUAUCUAAUCAACUAGAAAAUUAAUCUGAUCAGUUCCUGCCAUAGUGAAGAUAAUCUGAGAUUUUAGUUGUUGAUUGGACGUCCUAAACGUACUGUUUACUGAGAACCUCACCUAUAAAGGGAAAUAAAGCAGUUUUCCCAGGGUAAAAGGGUAAAUGUGCUUCCAAUAAGUCAACCAUCUGUUACUGCUCAACAAUUUUGAAGUGUAAGUUGCAAGAAGUGCCGAGAAUUUGCUUUUGUCCCAGUUUAUGGAUCUUAGAAAUAGGUCUACUUCCUUUAGAAGUUUUUAAACAGUUCUUCUGUUCUUCAGAACUUUCUUAAAUGAAGGCAUCCUCCUAAAUCCCAUAAGGAAGCUGCCAGAAAAACCACGGAAAGUUACUGAAUUUUCAGGAUGUUACUGUUUGAAAUAUUUUUUGGUGUAGACGUUGUAUAUGAGAAAUGAAUAAUAAAGAAUGUUUUGAAAAUAAAA